CAAUCGGGAAUUCAGACCCCAGGCCUUGGGGGGAACAAUGGAGCCCUUGAAGGCCCUCCCCCCACAUUGUGCUUGGUGGUGAGAGGUGGCCCUGGGUCAGGCCCAGGACUCGGCCAGGCACUCAUCCUGGGAGGAUCUCUGUCCAGCCAGCUGGCAGGUGGAAGACCUCAGGGACUCCCAUUUCUUGGCCUGGAAAAGGUCCCGUCCCCCGCCCCUAUGACCAACAUGAGCUGGAGCUUCCUGACGCGGCUGCUGGAGGAGAUCCACAACCACUCCACGUUCGUGGGCAAGGUGUGGCUCACCGUGCUGGUGGUCUUCCGCAUCGUGCUCACGGCCGUGGGCGGGGAGUCCAUCUACUCAGACGAGCAGACCAAAUUCACAUGCAACACGCGGCAGCCGGGCUGCGACAACGUGUGCUACGACGCCUUCGCGCCCCUGUCGCACGUGCGCUUCUGGGUCUUCCAGAUCGUGGUCAUCUCCACGCCGUCCGUCAUGUACCUGGGCUACGCGGUGCACCGCCUGGCGCGCGCCUCGGAGGACGAGCGCCGCCGCGCGCCUCGCCGCCGCCCCGGCCCUGGCCGCCGCCCGGCCCGCGCGCCUCUGCCGCUGCCCCCGCCGCCGCACCCCGGCUGGCCCGAGACCGCCGGCCUGGGCGAGGAGGAGCCCAUGCUGGGCCUGGGCGAGGAGGACGAGGACGCGGGGGUGGCCGACGGCCUAGGCGAAGAGGCCCAGGCGGAGGACGCGGGCAUGGCCAAGGGCGCGGGCGCUGACUGCAAGGCGUCGGGGGCCCCGGGCCCGGUCGGGCAGCACGACGGGCGGCGGCGCAUCCAGCGCGAGGGCCUGAUGCGCGUGUACGUGGCCCAGCUGGUGGCGCGGGCUGCCUUCGAGGUGGCCUUCCUGGUGGGCCAGUACCUGCUGUACGGCUUUGAGGUGCGGCCCUUCUUCGCGUGCAGCCGCCAGCCCUGCCCGCACGUGGUCGACUGCUUCGUGUCGCGGCCCACGGAGAAGACCAUCUUCCUGCUGGUCAUGUACGUGGUCAGCUGCCUCUGCCUGCUGCUCAACCUGUGCGAGAUGGCGCACCUGGGCCUGGGCAGCGCGCAGGACGCGGUGCGCGGCCGCCGGCCACGGUCUGGCGCCCCGGGCCCCGCGCCGCGCGCGCCGCCCUGCCCGCUGCCGGCCUCGCCCGCCGGCCUAGCCUGCCCGCCAGACUACAGCCUGGUGGUGCGCGCAGCUGAGCGCGCGCGCUCGCACGACCAGGACCUGGCCAGCCUGGCGCUGCAGGCGCUGCGGGACGGGCACGCGAUGGGAGACCGCGACAGCCCGCCGUGCCCCGGCCUCCCCGCGGCUGCCCGGGGGCCCCCACGGGCUGGCGCCCCCGCCUCCGGCUCGGGCAGCGCCACGUCGGGGGGCACGGGCCCGGGCGGGGGCCAGGCCAGGCCGGGCGCCAAGCCCAGGGCGGGCUCAGAGAAGGGCAGUGCCAGCAGCAGGGAGGGCAAGACCACCGUGUGGAUCUGACGGCCCCGCGCUGACGUGGCCUGUCCUCCCUCCAGGCCGAGGCUGGGGUGGGGGGCUGUUGGGGAAGGCCCAGGGCUGGGCGCUCAGGGCUCUCUUCUUCCUCCCCUUCCCUCUCCCCUUCUCC